UGUUGUUUUGCGCUGCAUCACUUAUGUGUCAUAAAUACUGUACUGUAGUCGGGUUUAAGAGUUAACCCCACUAAUGGAUGUUGAUAUAAAAUGAGUUAUUUUUCAAAGAUAACAAACCUGUACUUAUUCCCCUUUUCAAAUGACAAGUGUAUCAGUACGUAUAAUCAUAUAUGGUUGUAUAUACACAAUCUAGAUGGGGAGGUACUCCGUGAGAUUUGUAGGAUAGUUAUGUGCAUGAACACCUAGAAUAGCUUCUACUUGUUAGUCAUUGCUAUUGUAUCAAGUUUUCUUGCCAAGACACUUCACGGAAACGUUUUUUUGAAAUUUCAAAGUAAAUGGAACUACCUGAUGUAUUUUAUUCAAAAUCGCAGUAUAUCGAAACUGCUAGUGGCAACAAAGUUAGUCGAAAAUCUGUUCUAUGUGGAAGUCAGAACAUUGUAUUAAAUGGAAAAACCAUCAUUAUGUCUGAUUGUAUCAUAAGAGGUGAUCUGGCCAAUAUACGUAUUGGACGCCACUGUGUAAUUGGCCGAAAGGCUGUUAUUCGUCCACCGUUUAAGAAAUUUAGUAAAGGUGUUGCUUUUUUCCCUCUUCAUAUAGGAGACAAUGUUUUCAUUGAAGAGGAUUCUAUUGUCAACGCAGCACAAAUUGGAUCUUAUGUACACAUUGGUAAAAAUUGUGUGAUUGGACGGCGUUGUGUACUAAAAGAUGCUUGUUCAUUAAGAGACAAUACAGUACUCCCUCCAGAAACAGUUGUACCUCCAUUUAGUAUAUAUGGUGGCUCACCUGGCCGACUGAUUGGGGAGCUACCCGAAUGCACCCCAGAUUUGAUGGUUGAUCUUACUCAUGGAUUUUACUAUCACUUCGUACCUUCGAAUGAACCUGAAACGGACUCUUGA